UCAAAUCGAGGCAUAUAAAUAUCCGGAUACGAGAUGGCAGAGGUAUCGUCCAACCACAGUUUGACGAAGUUACAACUUCGAUUGCAACAGCACCGUUACGUUCAUCUGCAGAGUAGCUCACGACGCUAAGGAAAUCCAAGAUGCCUUCGACCAAGAUGAUGUUUUUCGCCCUUUUCUGCCUGGCUGUGGCUUCAAUUGUCUGUGACGCUACGGUUGUUCCAACCAUCCCUGGACCUGGUAGCACUAAAACCGACUUAUCCAGUGCGGUCAAUAGUACAUGUCAAAAGUGUGUGAAUGCGCUGGGCUCCGGGGGUUACAGUAAUUUAAUCUCCAUCGUGCUCGACAUUAAAGCCAGUAUCAACCUUUGGUUGUCAGGUCUGCCGAGCACGAUCGACCUCGCUGUGCUUCUCCAAAUCAUUAUCCUCUUGGUCAUAUAUCUCGCAGGCUGCAUAAACAUUGUCAUCGGUGGGGUCAAUAUAGCCGUGUCUUUGGGAAAUCUCUACAAUACGUGCAAGACUGGAUUUGAUCUCAUAGUCGCUGCCAGUGUGCUUGUCAAUUUGAGCGUUUAUGUCCAAGCACUUCUCACCAUCUGUCUCAAUUUGAAGGCCAAUCUAUUGCUCGCGUUGGGUUUGUAAUAUGUAUGCAGCCGUAACUCAAUCGUUUUUCGAUUCCCUGUUCAAGAACCACCGUUCAAAUAUCACUGAGGAAUGUUGAGGCUCGCGUAAUACAACUGUCGAGAUAACUAUCAUCCGAACGAAAAACGAUGCAUUAUUGAGAGUAAACACUUAUUCAUGGGAAAUGUUACCGAAUAUAUCAAUCAAAAAAUAAAAACGAACAUCAAAUAAAUGAGAACUAAUUAUUGGAUUAA